CCAUUUGCGAAAAUCAUGGGUACGACGUAUAAAGAGUUGUUUAAACUUUAUGACUUAAUUCAAAGUGGAGAUGCACGAUCAGUGGAGCGUUUUUUGAAUGACAAUACAGUGGAUUUAAAUAUCAUUUUACCAUGUAAAGGUAUUGGAGUGUUACAUUUAGCAGUUGGUAUAGAACCUGUAGAUAAAUCCAAGAAAUGUACAGAAAUUAUUUUGAAACACGGCGGGGAUCCAAAUUUAAGCAAUGAUGAUGGUGUAACUCCUGUCCACAUAGCGGCAAUAUGGGGUAAAGUGGACAACAUGAAGUUGCUAUUGGGCUGCGGUGGUGACCCGUCUAGAUGUGACCUGGACGGUAUUUCAGCUUUCGACUACGCUGUACGAGAACAGCAAUGGGAGGUUUACGAAUAUCUUCAUAAUGUCGUAAAUGAAACCGAUGACUCCAUUGGAUCUCAAUGUGCAUACACAUUAGACUUAGAACGAAUAAGGGUGACUACAGACCAGGUCGUCGCUGAAUACGAGCCCGUCGAAGAAAACAAAUUGAAUGACGCAUCCGUUCCGAGAAAAUCAGAAAUGAUAAGAGAUUGGUUUGACAAGAAUAGUUUAGUUAUUAACAAAUUAUACCCAACAAUACUUGGGGAAACGUUUUUUGUUGAAAAUGAGUCUGAACCGUGGAGACACACAGACACACAUAUCCUUAACAAUGCACAAGACAAUUUAGAUGAGACGAGUAACACCUUUAGGACGUGUUUAUCAAAAAAAAGCGAAGUGGAGUUAAGCGGAAUAAACCCUUUAGAACUAACUUUAGAUAAAAGUAGAGUAUGCUCUUGCACAAAUGAUUCAAUACGAAGAGGAACCAUUUAUGAAAACUUCUCUCUCCCCGGUUCACCUAACAGUAUCAUUCAUAAGAACUACAACAAUAAAACUAGUUUAAAGAAAUGCAAGAUUCACUCGAGCAACUACGAAAUGAAAUCAUCUCAACAAUCUGUAUUGACUGAGGACUCUGAUGUAGAUAGAGUGUUAGCUGUUGCUCAGAAUAAGACUAAUGAGUGGUUGUCAACCUGUAGUGACGUAUCUGUGGAUAUCAAAGCUGGUAAUACUAGGAGAUCAUCAGCAAGCAGCGGUGUAAGUAGUAGCUACUCUGGGAGUAUAUUACUGGCAAGCAUACAAGAGGAAUACAGGUAUGAAGACAAAGAGGAGGAUGUUGCACUCCUUGAAAGAAGACUACUCGUUUCAUCUGUUGUGCUUCCAGUCGAAGAAACCGCUGAUAGUCCAGAUCAGACAAUACUAUCAGUGGCAUCCUCUUUACCAACCUCAAUGGAGUAUGACAAUAACACCCUAAGAGCCGAACUCGUUCGUCUAGGCUUCAAACCAGGCCCUAUACAAGAAAACACAAAAACAUUAUAUUUGAAAAAACUUCAGGCUUUAAAAAAGAAUCCAAUUAUUGCUCAACAUGAAAACAAAACAUAUAGCGUGGAACUCGAAAAAUCCCUCCGCAGUGAUACUUGGAUACAAAAUCUGUCUCCAUACACGGACUUAGAAAACAUAGUUAAGGCGGAUUUUGCGAAACAAGACAAGAAAUGGAGGGAAGGAAAUGCAAAAACUUCAUUCACAUAUCUUCUCCUUGACCCGAGGGUUACAGCCAACUUACCUGCCAAGGGACAGCAAAAUCCUUACAUGUCUUGGAGUACUUUUAUAAAUUCUAUAUUUUACGUUGGAAAGGGUAAACGUUCGAGGCCUUAUUCACAUUUGUACCAAGCUCUCAGUCUUUGGAAGAAAAACUUUAAACAAUCAGGUGACAAGAAAGUUCAACAUAUUCUCGACAUAUGGUCUGACAAAGUAGGAGUUAUAUGUUUACACGUUUUUCAAAACGUUAUUCCCGCUGAAGCCUACACAUACGAAGCCGCCAUGAUUGAUGUCAUUGGAUUACAAAAUUUGAAAAAUUUAAAAACUGGUAAUUACUAUGGCGUCGCUUCGUCGUGGCCCCACAGGGAUCGCCGAAUGUUAGGCUUGUAUCUUUUAUACAAAGCUAUGCUUAUUUUUCUCUGCGAAGGCGAGAGGCAAUUGCGACCUGACGAUAUAUAAACAUAUAGACUGAUAUUUAAUUAUUACUUCAAAGUAUAUUUAUGAUAUUUUACUUGAUUAGUAUUCUUAAAAACCAAAUACUAUAAGUAGGGUUUGUAUUCCUACAACCAGGAUGAUCUAUGUUUUGUCAGUAUAUAAAACUGUCUAAGAAUAAAUUAUUGGAAAAUA